GCAGUGUGCUUCGCUAUUUUUUUGUUGGUUUGAGUUAAACUAUUGUUAUUUUUUUUGUUGAACUCGGCAAUUGUCAUGAAUACACAAUGUGGUGUUAAAAUGUGUGCCCAGCCAUGGAGUCGACAGAUAAGAACAAUGCUAUAAAGCUCUUUGUGGGGAACCUGGCGUUGGAUACCUCUCAGGAGGACCUGACACAGCUCUUUGGGCCAUACGGACAGGUGGUCACCUGUAGUUUACUUAGGCAGUUUGCCUUCAUCCACCUUCAGGGAGAUGGUGCUGCUGAUCGAGCCAUAAGAGAGCUGAAUGGACGGGAGUUCAGAGGCCGCAACCUAGUGGUUGAAGAGUCCCGUGGGCGGCCCCUGAACUCCACCAAGGUGUUUGUUGGGAACCUUAGUGCCAUGUGUUCUGCUGAGGACCUACAAGAGCUCUUUCAGACCUUUGGGAAAGUUCUGGAGUGUGAUAAGGUCAAAGCGAGGCUCUCUUCCUCGGCGGGCUAUGCCUUUGUGCACAUGGAGCGGAAGGAGGAUGCGCUGCAGGCUAUCGAGGCCCUCCAUGGUACCACCUUCAAAGGCCGACCCCUCUCUGUGGAGCUCUCCAAUGUGCAGCCCAGUAAACCCACCACGACUACAGCCAAGGUCCCCGUUAUGAGUCACUAUGCCACUGAAAGCCCCUCCAUCAACCCUCAUAUGGAGCACCACCAGAGUCAGGCUGCUGUACUGGCUGCUGCCGUUGCUGCAGCUGCAGGUCUGCCUCUUCAGGUGCAGCAGAGCUUGCACAACUCUGUCUACAACACAACAAGCUUUGAUCCCACCUACGCUGCGCUAAAGGGCAUGACGGCAGCCAGCGCCACAGAUGGUACUCCAGUGAGCCCUGCGGUCUACGGUGCCCUCGCCAGCCAGGUGUACGGCUCUGUAGCGGAUCAGGUAUAUGACUCUAUAGCCAACCAGGCCUCCGCCUAUCAGAGUUCAGCGACACCAGACGCAGCAGGUUACAGUAACCAGUACGACAGCGCAGCUGGGGAGGCAUCGUCAGCCCAGGCAGCUGGUAACCCGGCCUACGGCGGGGCCUCUGCUUUCUACAACGGUAGCUCCGCCUAUGGCUCCACGGGGGGUGCAGACCCCACUGCCCAGGCCAUCUUUGAGGCAGCACGGGCCCGCUUCUUCCAGCAGGGCCAGCAGGUUCUAGCUGAGCAGCAGGCGGGGACUAAGUCAGGGGACCGGGACCGCAGCCCAGUGCGGCGCUCCGCCCCUCUGCUGCCUGACCCCGUGCCCCAGCCCUUUCCCCAGCCACGCCCCAAACGCCGUGCCCUCCUCCCAACACCACCCGGCCGACCAGAUGACCCUGCGGCUGUUGACGGAGACCCCAUUGCCAGAUGCUAUGCAGAGUACUAUCAGCAGGUCCAGCAGUACCAACAGUACCAGCAGUACCAACAACAGUACCAACAGUACCAGUAUGGCUACCCACCACCAGCCCCGACCCAGAUGCCCACCCAUCAGAUGCCCGUGCAGGCCCCGCCCCCGACGGAGGCCCUGCCCCCAGGGCCUGCCACCUAUGCCCCAGCUAGAGCGUAUGAGCCACCUUCAUCACACAAGGAGCCCCUCCUCCGCCGCCCUGACUACUCCCACCUCCACAUGCCAGAGCCCCCCUACCGAUAACCCUUUUGAUUGCAGUGUGUGUGUGUGGGUUUUGAAUGUUGUGUGUGUGAGAGUAGUUCUGGUCCGACUGUGCACCACUGCAAAGUGCCCAUUUAUAAGUCCCCUGUUCUGCAGCUUUUCGUAUCUGAACACAUUUCUAACUAGUUAAUUUGACUUUAUUGUAGGCCUGGUCUUGAUAAGAAAGCUGCCCCACAAAACAGUAAUCUGUAUUGGGAAGUCGUUAUGGUAGUUUCUUCUUGAUUGCGUAUUGUACUGGGUGCUCUUUAACUACAAGUAAUCCUUAUUCAUCCCCUACAUUUUAGUUUAGCAAAACAAAUUCUCAAAUUUGCAAGAAUAUUCAUCCAUACCAGAGGAGUGCCUUGUUAAAAGCCUAGCUGGAAUAUUUUGUCAAAUACAUUUGUGUGUGUGUGUGAGAGAGCAUGGAAAGGAAGUGCCCAAAUCAAUCCAUGCAUUUUGUUAGCAGGCCCUUGCCUCUAUCCUCGAGGUGACCUUUAGCUCCUCCAAAUUUAACCAUUAGUUCACGUGUAUAGAUGAGAAUUUUUAUUUUUCCAUUGGCCAGAUUCCAUUUGUUUUUAUUUGUAUUGCCUUCAUCAAAGACUUAAUAUGGAAAGUCAAUGUUCCAAUAGGUUCCAGCGUAAUGUAGAUAUUUGGGUAAUAAAGUGGUUAUUGGGUCGCAUAUUGGGUUGUCAUGCCCACAGGCGCUAAGCUUGUGUUUAAAAAAAAUAUUUAAAGCAAGGGGCAAAGUAGCUUUACAUAAGGACCGGUGUGAGUGCAUGUAUGUAUGUGUGGGCAUGUGUAAACCAUCUAGGGGAACAAUAUAAGCGUUUUUGAUAAGUCACUUUUUAUAACAAUCACAGGAAUACACACACACACACACAGACCUCAGUCAUCAGUCUUUAUCUCCAUAAAGUGUGGUGCUGGGGCUUUGGGAGAGACACUCGGGCGCUUUACUGCACCGGGGAAAAAAUGGGGGGGGGGGGGGGUCACUUUUUCCUUGCACACAGCCAGCCUCUGGGGAAUGUGGUCCUUGCUCAUGUCUCACAUGACCUUCUGUUAGAUCUGAUCAAACCUCUCAGAUAGAAAGGCCAACAAAGCAGACCAUUUUAGUAUCUGAUAGUCUAGCUUCAAACUCACGUUUUCUUGGGGAACUAGUUUUUAAUUUGCAGCCUGUGAUACAUGAAUACUUUCCUCUAUUUGUAUUAUACCAUGAAUACUAUCCUAGUGACUUUUAACUGGUUUGACCUCUUGGUCUAAACGUAAAAUGGAGAUGUGGCAGGUGCAUGCAGAGGGCUUCCUUCAAGCAUGCCUUUCAGGAUCUGAGGGAAUUCAACUGCCAUUUUGGGCCUCACCUUCUUUUCUCCAAAGGACAAAAACGAGUGGGCUUUUCUCACACACAGUACAUUGUGUGGUUUGACGGGACGAACUUUUGACGGUUUUCUUUGUUUUCUGUUGGUUGAAGUGAACUUCCUGUGCGAUCGUGGUAGUCAUAUUCUUUAAGCGUGUUUACUUCAAUUGGACCACCAAAUUCAGGAAGUGUCUCAAAUGGAAUGUGGAGCCAUUAGGCUCCCCAGGUUUGAGCGAAAACAUAUUUGUUCCUAUUAUUCAGUACCUAAUGAAACGUUACACUUCUCAAGCUUAAGUAAUGAGAGUGAUUUGGUUGGAGAACAAAGCAGCACCAUGCGAACUGUAAUCUUUCAAAAUUAAAAUGGGAAAUGUUAGCCCCAUCGGCUUAAUUAUUAGACAUGCGAUUAAACUUGCUGUAAAAUCGUU